AUGGAUUUGAAUGGGCUUUGGGGUCCCGGGUGGAACGUCAGCCUCACAAACGGGACCUCGGCGGGAAUAUUUGACCUGUUCAGCGAUGCUGCUGCUGACACCGCCUUGGUCUCAUCGAAUGUUUUGUUCAGCGUAAGAAUAUUCAUCACCACGGUUUACCUAUUGGUGUGCGCGGUGGGCCUCUUGGGAAACAGCCUGGUGAUGUACCUCAUCUGGAGGCAGAAGGACCGGUCCACGACCGCCAUUAACAUCCUGGUCUUUGGCCUCGCCGCCGCCGACUUCCAGCUCUCCCUGAUGCUGCCUUUCUGGGCGACGGAGGCAGCGCUGGAUUUCCAGUGGCCCUUCGGCCAAGCCAUGUGCAAAGCCAUCCCUUCCUUGACCCUCCUCAGCAUCUAUGCCAAUGUCUUCUUGCUCACGGCCAUGGCGGUCACCCGCUACUGGUCGGUAGUCUCUGCUGUGGAAGAGGGGUACAGGAUGACGCCCCGAGUGGCCAAGGGCAUUACAGUCACCCUUUGGGCCGUGGCGAUGGGAGCCACCGUACCGACAACCGUCUACACCGGAGUAGUAAGUGUAGCCGGGGUGGAACUCUGCCUCUUCCGAUUCCCCAGCCCGUAUCACUUGGGAAUCUACCAACUCCAGAGAGUGGUGUUUGCUUUUGCGGUUCCCUUGGUCAUCAUCUUGACUUCCUACCUCCUCCUCCUCCGGUUUCUGAAACUUCACCACAUUACCAGCCACAGCCUAACGCGGCAUAACCGGGUCUCCGCCACUGUCCGCCUGGUGGUCAGCUGCUUCUUCGUCUGCUGGUUCCCUAACCAUGUGGUCACUUUCUGGGGCAUUCUGGUGAAAUUCAGGGCUCUGCCCAUGGACGACACCUUCCACUACCUCCACACUUACGUCUUCCCCCUGACCACUUGCUUGGCCCAUGCCAACAGCUGCCUCAACCCCAUCCUCUACUGCUUGAUCCGCCGGGAGUUCCAAGAAGCGAUGAAGGAUACCUUCCGCAGGCUGUCCUCCAUCGCCUCCUACCAGUUGUUCUCCUCCCACAAGGUCUGGGAGGAAGGGGCGCUGGAGGUUCUGCCUCUUGGCCCAUCCGAUCUCCCCCAAGAUCCUCAAAGCGGAAUGAAGGAGGAUACCGCCUUCUCCACUGUCUUGGAAGUAGAGAAAGAAGACUCUGCUGCAAUGGGAGGAUGUGGAGUAGCACCUUCUGGACCAUGA